CACUGUUGACGCAGCCCAGCAUGGCCGCAUCCCAGUUCACCCCGCUGCCCGCUCAGCGCAAGUUUGCCAAGAAAGAGGAGGAGACGCUCGAGUACUGGCGCAAGAUCGAUGCGUUCCGUACCUCGCUCAAGCUGUCGGAAGGCAAGCCCGAGUUCUCGUUCUUUGAUGGCCCACCGUUUGCCACUGGCCUCCCGCACUAUGGCCACAUCCUUGCGGGGACCAUCAAGGACGCGGUGACGCGGUAUGCCCACAUGACGGGCCACCACGUGACGCGCCGGUUUGGGUGGGACUGCCACGGCCUGCCGAUCGAGUACCUCAUUGAUAAGAAGCUCGGCAUCACGUCGCGCCAGCAAGUGCUCGACAUGGGCAUUGCCGCGUACAACACCGAGUGCCGGUCGAUUGUCAUGCGCUACUCCAAGGAGUGGGAGCGGGUGGUCGAACGGGUCGGGCGGUGGAUCGACUUUGACAAUGACUACAAGACGAUGGACACGCCGUUCAUGGAGUCUGUCUGGUGGGUCUUCUCGCAGCUGUUUGAGAAGGGGCUGGUGUACAAGGGCUUUAAGGUCAUGCCUUACUCGACCGCCUGCUCGACGCCGCUCUCCAACUUUGAAGCUGGCCAGAACUACAAGGACGUGUCGGACCCGGCGGUGACCGUCUCGUUCCCGCUUGUGGACGAGCCGGGCGUCGCGCUGCUGGCGUGGACGACCACGCCGUGGACCCUGCCGUCGAACCUUGCGCUGUGCGUCAACCCGGAGAUGACCUACGUCCAGGUCCACGACACUGAGCGCGACACCGACUUUAUCCUGCUCAAGGACCGCCUUGCUUCGCUCUACCCUUCGGCCAAGAAGGGCAAGGGCAAGGGCAAGGGCAAGAAGAAGGGCAAGGCCAAGGCGGCCGGCGACGAUGGCGCGGCGGCUUCGGGCGACGACGCGCCCAAGUUCACCAUUGUCCGCGAGUUCCCGGGUGCCGAGCUCGCCGGGCGGCGGUACACCCCGCUCUUCACCUACUUUGCCGACAACGAGGGUGCCGAGAACUACUGGCAGGUCCUCACCGACGACUACGUGUCUGCCGACUCGGGUACCGGCGUUGUUCACCAGGCGCCUGCCUUUGGUGAGGACGAUUACCGGGUCUGCCUCGGCGCUGGCGUCAUUGUCAAGGGUGGCGAGCUGCCGUGCCCGGUCGACUUUGACGGCAACUUUACGGCGCGGGUCACCGACUUUGCCGGCGUCCACGUCAAGGCUGCGGACAAGGCCAUCAUCAAGAAGCUCAAGGACGAGGGCCGGCUUGUGGUGGCUGGCUCGAUUGUGCACUCGUACCCGUUCUGCUGGCGGUCGGACACGCCGCUCAUCUACCGCGCCAUCCCCUCGUGGUUUGUCAACGUCACCGCGCUCAAGGAGCGCCUUGUGGCCAACAACAAGGAGUCGCACUGGGUGCCCGAGGAGAUCGGGACCCGCCGGUUCCACAACUGGCUCGAGAACGCCCGCGACUGGGCCAUCUCGCGCAACCGCUUCUGGGGCACGCCCAUCCCGGUGUGGAUGUCCGACGACGGCGAGGAGGUCGUGGUCGUCUCCUCGGUGGCGCAGCUCGAGGAGCUCACCGGCGCCACAGGCAUCACCGACCUCCAUCGCGACACCAUCGAUGACCUGACCAUCCCGUCCAAGCGCGAUGGCAUGCCGCCGCUCAAGCGCAUCGACGAGGUCUUUGACUGCUGGUUCGAGUCGGGCUCCAUGCCAUACGCCCAGAAGCACUACCCGUUUGAGAACAAGGAGUCGUUUGAGGCCUCGUACUUCCCGGCCGACUUUAUCGCCGAGGGCCUCGACCAGACCCGCGGCUGGUUCUACACCCUCCUUGUCAUCUCCACCGCCCUCUUUGACACCUCGCCAUUCAAGAACGUCAUCGUCAACGGCCUCGUCCUCGCCGCAGACGGCAAGAAGAUGUCCAAGUCGAAGCAGAACUACCCCAACCCCGAGACCGAGAUCAUCGACGUCUACGGCGCCGACGCCCUCCGCCUCUACCUCAUCAACUCGCCGGUUGUCCACGCCCAAGAGCUCAAGUUCCGCUCCGAGGGCGUCUUUGCCGUCAUCCGCGACGUGUUCAACCCGUGGUACAAUGCCCAGCGGUUCUUUGUCGAGUACGCCAACGAGCUCGCCACCGCCGGCCACGCCUUUGACCCGGCCGCCGGCUCCGCCACCACCAACCUCAUGGACAAGUGGAUCCUCUCCGAGUGCGAGUCGCUCAUCGCCUUUGUCCGCCAGGAGAUGGAGGCCUACCGCCUCUCCACCGUCGUCCCGGGCCUGCUCACCUUUAUCGAGCUCCUCACCAACUGGUGGCUCCGCCUCAACCGCCCGCGCCUCAAGGGUCAGGCCUCGGUCGACGAGUGGAAGACAUCGCUGGCUGUCCUCUUCGGCAUGCUCUUCAAGCUCACCGUCACCAUGGCCCCGCUCACCCCGUUCCUCGUCGAGGACCUCUACCAGUCGCUCAAGCCGGCCCUGCCCGAGGAGAUGCUCGCAGACUCGGUCCACUACCUCUCCUUCCCCACCGCCGACGAGUCCAUCCGCGACCCCGCCAUCGAGGCAGCCGUCGCUUCCAUGCGCAAGGUCAUCGUCAUGGCCCGCGUUCUCCGCGACCAGAUCGGCCGCUCGUCCAAGUACCCGCUUGCCAAGAUGAUCGUCAUCCACUCGGACGCCGCCGUCCUCGACCAGCUCGCAACCGUCGCCGCCUACGUCAAGGACGAGGCCAACGUCGAGGACAUUGUCUUUGAGACCGACUUUGCCAAGUACGUCGACGCCCGUGCAGAGCCCAACCACCGCGCCCUCGGCCCGCGCCUCGGCAAGGGCGCUGGCAAGGUCUUUGGCGCCAUCAAGCGCCUCGACACCGCCGCUGUCGCCGCCUUUCUCGCGAACGGUGAGCUCGCACUCGACGACGGUGUCACCCUCGCCGGGGACGACAUGACCGUCAGCUUUGUCAAGCGCGAGGCCACCGACGCCGAUGCCACCUCGUACGAGGUCAUCACCGAGGGCGCCUUUGUCGUCCUCCUCGACACCACCUUUGACCAGACCCUCGAGAACAAGGGCCUUGCCCGCGACAUCCUCUCCCGCGUCCAAAAGCUCCGCAAGUCGUCCGGCCUCGUCAUCGCAGACUCGGUCGACGUCUGGGUCGACCUCGCCGCCGCACCCUUCCUCGAAGACGUCCUCGCCCAGAACGCAGAGACCAUCACCAACGUCCUCGGCGCGCCCGUCCGCCCGCUCGCCUCCCGCCCGGCCCUUGCCUCGUCCGAGAUCGCUCGCGAGACUCAGAAGCUCAACGGCGCCGAGUUUGACCUCGUCUUUACCCGCCCCGUCGCCCUCCUCACCGCCCAGGACGCUCCGCCCGCCCUCGCCGCCUUUGUCGCCACCCUCAACGUUGCACACCUUGCUGCCGGCGACAUUCUCGACUUUGAGUUUGACGGCACUGCCCACCACCUCGUCGUCGGCGAGGACGUUGUCGUCUCUUCCAACAUGUAGCCGCCCGCAAGUAACAGCGCCUCCAUGGGCUCCUC